CAACACUGAUCAGUCAGCCAUAUUGUUUUGUCGUGAGGUGAUCCGUCGCUGUAAACAAUUUAUUGUUUUUAUUCGUUUAUUUUCUGUUUCAGUUAGUAAUUAACGAUCUAGAAUGAAAUGUUGUUUUAGAAUUUCAUUGUGACCAUGGUGAAGUUAACUUUUCUGUGUCCUUAAACGUCUUAAGUGGUGAGAAUGUGGCGGUACUUGUUUUUCGUUUUCCUUGCUUUUAUGGUACAUAGUACUGAUGCUGUGAGAUGGCACGAUCAUCAGCUCUGUGGGAAUACCACACAGAGGGCCCGUGGGUGUACUACUCAGAUUCUGGGCCGUGAACAUGCAGACAUAGAUUCAUGUACCAUAGAAACCUUCCCAGCAAAUAGUCAAGAAUGCAAAAAAAUGCAAUUCAGUCCGAUCGACUCCAAUGCUUUCAUAGGAGGCGUAAAUUUGAAGCCCUACAUACUCUCGGACCGUCAGUCUGGAUACUCUGUCAAUUACACUGUUCUUAAUAUUACUUUUACCAAUAUCAAGUGGAAAACUAUGAAAUUCCGUUUCCAACUGGCAAAACCGAAGCAUUUGCAGAACCAUUGUAGAAACAUAGUACUUUCGAAUGAGGUGACCGUUAAUGAUCAAUCAGUGCUGUACUACGAUUGCUAUUGGUCCACAACAGAUGGCAAUUAUACGGGCCAGAGUCACUACUUAGACUUCGAAGCUACGGAUGAAAAUAGAGUCGUCAAUAGGGGACAAUAUUACUUCAAUAUACCAUCGGCACAAAUGCUAAGCCCAACCGUAACAGAAGAAGAGUGGCUGCCGUUCCUCUAUUUAGAGAUCCUUAAUGACCGAAUGCGACUUCACAUCAACCCACCUCCACCACAACUAAACAUCGCCGGAUAUGAAAUCAAAGUCAUGAAAGAAGCAGAUAAAGGCACUCAAGUGGACAAAGUAACAAUAUUGAAACUUAAAAACACUACUAAAGAUGUAAUGUAUGAUUAUAGUCUACUCAAUAAUGGAUCAUACAACUUCGUUGUCACCCCCCUUCAUGCGAAAUGUCAAGCCAUUGGAGGGAAGUGCCUCAGUGUAGAAAGUCCGAAAAUUGUGAUCACCAGCGAAAUUCGAAGUCUAAACGUAUGUAUAGCAAGCAUAACGGCUCUUCUAGUGGCCACCUUGUUUGCAUACUACAUCGUCUUACGAGUCAUCCGGCGGUAUUGGUGCAAAGAUUACGGCCUUGCUUUGGUUCCAGGUAAGAUCCCAGCGCCCACCCAAGUACUGGUCAUCUACUCGCCGGUGAAUAGGCUGCACGCUGAAUGCGUCACGUCCUUCGUCACCUACCUCCGUUCGGAGUACGGAUUCGACGUCAUGUUUGAUGGAGACAUCUCUGCCACUUCCCAUGGAGACCCCUACAUAUGGGCCGAGGAAGCGUUCAGGUUGGCCAGCCAUGUCAUGUACAUCGUCGGCCCAACCGAGGAAGCGAACAUUUACAACAACAUAUAUGAUAAACCAAUCAUAAACGCACAUAGAAACGUCGACAAGCUACUCCUAACUCGCUUGAGGUCGGACCGAGUCGCCAAAAACUGUAAGGAUGUUCUGAACGUAUUUUUCGAGCAUUCCGACGGAGAGGUGCCGAUCGAAACUAAACAUGCCAAGGUAUUCUUCCUACUCAAGGAUUGGCAGAAGCUAAUAGCUUAUCUGUCGAAGAAUCUGCUGCCCAAACAACAUAUCAUGAGGACGGAAAAGGGCAAGAACUUCUUAGACGAUUUGGCUAAAGCGAAAAAAGUAUUGAGUGAACGACAUCAAUGUUAGUGCGCAAUAAGGGACUAAAUAUCCAGCGAUGUGCCGGUCUCGGGAAUGUUCCCGACAGUAAAAAGGCGCAAAACGUAUGUAUUAAUUUGAAAAAGGAAAGCAGCCAUUUUUUUUUUCUUUUGCCCAUUUGAGGGUCAGGCUAAGAUCAUAAGACCAUGCUGCCUAGUCUUCAGUACAUUUCCUUUGAUGUUCAAUUUCCAUAUGAAAGGUUUUCCGUAUGGAAAGCAGCCAGUGUCAUUGCUAUUAAAGAGUUUUUACUCGUUUUUUAGUUCCCGGGAACGGCAUGUCACUGUACAUAUCCAUAGAGAUUUAAGACGAAGUAGAUGUUUAGUUGUUUAAUACAUUUACGUGUUUGAAAUUCUAAAAUAUUGGGUGUCCUGGGCGUAUUUUUAUCGGUGAUUCAAAAGGCGGUACUAUAAUAAUAAACAUUAAAUUGUCUUAUGACACGACUUCUAGAUAAGGACCUUAUCUGCUUCCUUUUGUCGCGAUAAAGUACCCUCAAACUCACAAACAAAAAAAUGAUCAAAUAUUUUUAUGGUUAUUUAUAAUUGUUGUCUGUAUCGCUGGCCCAGUCUAUGCUUGCUCUUCUGUAUUUAAGUAGAUUUUAUAUUUAUUUUCUAUUGAAUAAAUGUGUGUCUACACUCAGCGGGAUCCCCUGUCUGGGAGACAUAAGAGUGAUGCAGAGAAUUAGAUCUGAAUUUGUUCUACUGAAUUAUCCUGAAAACAGAAUUUGUUCCGUUAAAAAAACGGAAAUACAAAGUUUUCUAACCGACCUCCAGCCAGCGGGAUAUUUCCCAAAGUUAAGUCUGAUGAAGUAUAAAUUGGUAUUAACUUUUAGAUCUGUAUUUAUUCUGUUCAACAAAACCAAAAAACUACUUCUGACGUCCUUACUUCAGCUACAAUCAAGCUGCAAUGAAACCUCCAGUCAGCGGACUUUUUCUCUCAAUGACAUUCUUUUGUAACUUUUACACUAAGAUAAUAAAAAUUAACCUAUUUACGACUAUAAUUUCACUUAAAUUACCUAUUCGUACAUCUAGUGCUUAAAUUAAGAAGUAUAGAAUUUGAAAGAUAUUAUGUGGGUAGAAUAUAAAAAAAAACUAUGUAUCAGGUACAAAUUGAAGCUGUGAGAGAAAAAGUCCGCUGACUGGAGGUUUCAUUUCAGCUUGAUUGUAGCCGAAGUAAGGACGUCAGAAGUAUUUUUUUUUUGUUUUGUUGAACAGAAUAAAUACAGAUCUAAAAGUUAAUAUCAAUUUUUAGUUCAUCAGACUUAACUUUGGAAAAUAUCCCGCUGACUGGAGGUUUCAUUGCAGCUUGAUUGUAGCUGAAGUAAGGACGUCAGAAGUAGUUUUUUUGUUUUGUUGAACAGAAUAAAUACAGAUCUAAAAGUUAAUACCAAUUUAUACUUCAUCAGACUUAAAUUUGGGAAAUAUCCCGCUAGCUGGAGGUCGGUUAGAAAACUUUGUAUUUCCGUUUUUUUAACGGAACAAAUUCUGUUUUCAGGAUAAUUCAGUAGAACAAAUUCAGAUCUAAUUCUCUGCAUCACUCUUAUGUCUCCCAGACAGGGGAUCCCGCUGAGUGUAGACACAUUGAAUAAAUGUACAAUGUUUAUACGGCUAUGCAGAUUGGUAAUCAGUAAUCGCUCUUAUAUUUAUUUAACUUUUUUAUUUGAUCUUUCAACUUACUAUUUUACUAAUGUUAUAAUAUAAAUGUUUUUCUACACAAAAUGUUUAUUGGUGAUGGCAACAUUAAUUUUGUCUAUGUGUGCCAUAAGAUACCUAUACAAUUUGAUUUGUGAGUGGUUUACAUUAUCGUAUUUAGGCCAUUUUGGCUUUAGAGCAUAAAAGAAAACCAAUGUACAUCUUGAGCGAGCCAAUUUGGGUCGACGUUGGAAUGAAAGAAAGAGAAAUUAUUUGACGAUUUAGAAAUGACGUCACACACAUUUGUAACAAUACAAUAAUAUCAGAUUUAAAACUUACUUACACAAAAUAAAAAUUAAAAAAAAGAUGCUGGUCGAACUGAUCAUAACCAUAUGACCAUAAUGGUGGUGAACGUAAACCCAACAACCCAGCGUUGACGACUAUAUCCCAAUUGGGGUAGUCAGAGGUACAUCGACCGCAAGGUGAAUUAAGUACCCACGCCUCACCGAGCUAAUUUAUUAAAUAAGUUUUCCAAAUGAUUUAAACAUUCCUUGUUUGUGUAAAAUUAAAAUGUUAAAUUAUUUUUGUAAGAUCUAGCGCACACUGCAUAUUAAUAUUGUCAUACAUAAAAGUUGGUACAUUUUAUAAAAUAGGAGUGCGUUCAUUGAACGAAUUUAUAAAAGUUAAGAUCAGCAUGUGGUCGAAUUUGACAGCGAGAUUUUCUCGCGAGACUAGCGCACAUAUGCGGGAAAAUUCGACCUUAUGUGCUUAGCAAUAAGAUCACGGACAAAAAAGUACUCUGCCCGUGUGUUAUGUUUAGCUAAAAGCUGCUGUAUCAUGCAAGUUAACUAAGUUAUUUUAUACUUACCUAUAUACGACCGUCAUAAUGUGAGUCCUCUGCCCUCGUUAACUUAAAAACACUAUAAAAUGCACUUCGUGACAUAAAGCGCCAUGGUGUGUGCACUAAGGGUUUUACUAGACCAAUCGACCGACAGCAUCGAUCGAUGAUGGAAUGGAUUAGUCGACGUCGAUCGCUAAUUUCUACCAGACCAAUCGAUCGAUUUCAAACUAUGCCCGAAGCUUUAUUUGAUGAUAUUGGUCUUAGGCGCAUGAUGGAAGAGACGUAAGAGGAAGACAUGAAUCCUCGUGUGGAUAGUGAUAUCAAGGACCGGUAUCUUCAACCCUGCGGGCUUAGCACCGUAAGCGCGCGAGUCUUUCUAGCCGCGACAGAGAUCAUCUGUCUCUUUCUAUGCAGUACUGUGUGAGAGUGACAGGUGACGUAAAAAAAAUCGGGUGGAUUUCCCAUAUACAGGGUGUUAGUGACAUCGUAACGAAAACUUCGAGGGAUGAUUCAGGCCAUGAUUCUGAGUUGAUAUCAAGUGGAAUUUUCCGUAGCAAAAGUAUGGAAUGGAAAAUAAUUUAAGAAAACACAAAAAUUUUCAUGAAUUUUCCGACAGGAAAUUCCACUUAAUAUCAACUCAGAAUCAUGGUCUAAAUCAUCCCCCUCAGUAUUCGUUACGGUGUCACUAACACCCAUACCUACUUGUAUGGCUACCUGUAUGUACUGGUACGGGGUGUAGUGUAAGUGACAUCGUAACAAAUACAGACGGGGCUGAUUUAGCUAGUUACAAGUGGAAUUUUUGAUCGCAAAAGUAUAGAAUUGAAAAUAAUUAAAAAAAAAAAGACAUGAAUUUUGCGACGGAAAAUUCCACUUGAUUUUAACUCAGAAUCAUGGUCUGAAUCAUCCCCCUCAGUAUUCGUUACGAUGUCACUAACACCCAGUAUACAGAUGGGCAAGAAGGGUAAAUAAAUGAGUAUAAUUGGGUAGUAUCCUAGGUCAAAGAUAAAUUGUGAAAUUCUGAUUAUUACAAAAUAAAGACAGAUCUAAAGGCAAAAACAACUUUUCUUUUUUACGUCUCCGCCUUACGCUUCUUCCGUCUGUCUUACGCCUUAGGCCGCGACUUCAAAGCGUUUUCGUCGAGAAAACAUCUUACAUGGUCAAAAACCAAUGUUAUGCUAGGAUCAAGUCACAUCUGUCAGCACGUUAUAGCAUGCUCUAGCGUACGAUAUCGCCUCGUUGAUUCUGACGCGUGUGGUCGCUCUCUCUCUCUGUCUAACAAAUUACGGCUCUGAGUAACAGAAAAAGAUAGAUAUAGCGAUGAGGUGCUGACAGGUGAGGUUUCACCCUUAGUGGAGCUACUUAUCAAUUGAAUUGUAUAUUGUCUUGAUGAUCUCAAUUCCAAAACAGUUGGAGUAUUCGUGUUCUACAUACAGGACUUUCAAAGCUCAAUGUUAUAACUUGUGAUGUAUUUUUAUAUAAUAAAAUCGUACGUAUUACAAAUAA